UAAGAUAACUAAGGGUAAAUAUACACUCAUGUCCCAGGCUAAGAUAACUAAGGGUAAAUAUACACUCAUGUCCCAGGCUAAGAUAACUAAGGGUAAAUAUACACUCAUGUCCCAGGCUAAGAUAACUAAGGGUAAAUAUACACUCAUGUCCCAGGCUAAGAUAACUAAGGGUAAAUAUACACUCAUGUCCCAGGCUAAGAUAACUAAGGGUAAAUAUACACUCAUGUCCCAGGCUAAGAUAACUAAGGGUAAAUAUACACUCAUGUCCCAGGCUAAGAUAACUAAGGGUAAAUAUACACUCAUGUCCCAGGCUAAGAUAACUAAGGGUAAAUAUACACUCAUGUCCCAGGCUAAGAUAACUAAGGGUAAAUAUACACUCAUGUCCCAGGCUAAGAUAACUAAGGGUAAAUAUACACUCAUGUCCCAGGCUAAGAUAACUAAGGGUAAAUAUACACUCAUGUCCCAGGCUAAGAUAACUAAGGGUAAAUAUACACUCAUGUCCCAGGCUAAGAUAACUAAGGGUAAAUAUACACUCAUGUCCCAGGCUAAGAUAACUAAGGGUAAAUAUACACUCAUGUCCCAGGCUAAGAUAACUAAGGGUAAAUAUACACUCAUGUCCCAGGCUAAGAUAACUAAGGGUAAAUAUACACUCAUGUCCCAGGCUAAGAUAACUAAGGGUAAAUAUACACUCAUGUCCCAGGCUAAGAUAACUAAGGGUAAAUAUACACUCAUGUCCCAGGCUAAGAUAACUAAGGGUAAAUAUACACUCAUGUCCCAGGCUAAGAUAACUAAGGGUAAAUAUACACUCAUGUCCCAGGCUAAGAUAACUAAGGGUAAAUAUACACUCAUGUCCCAGGCUAAGAUAACUAAGGGUAAAUAUACACUCAUGUCCCAGGCUAAGAUAACUAAGGGUAAAUAUACACUCAUGUCCCAGGCUAAGAUAACUAAGGGUAAAUAUACACUCAUGUCCCAGGCUAAGAUAACUAAGGGUAAAUAUACACUCAUGUCCCAGGCUAAGAUAACUAAGGGUAAAUAUACACUCAUGUCCCAGGCUAAGAUAACUAAGGGUAAAUAUACACUCAUGUCCCAGGCUAAGAUAACUAAGGGUAAAUAUACACUCAUGUCCCAGGCUAAGAUAACUAAGGGUAAAUAUACACUCAUGUCCCAGGCUAAGAUAACUAAGGGUAAAUAUACACUCAUGUCCCAGGCUAAGAUAACUAAGGGUAAAUAUACACUCAUGUCCCAGGCUAAGAUAACUAAGGGUAAAUAUACACUCAUGUCCCAGGCUAAGAUAACUAAGGGUAAAUAUACACUCAUGUCCCAGGCUAAGAUAACUAAGGGUAAAUAUACACUCAUGUCCCAGGCUAAGAUAACUAAGGGUAAAUAUACACUCAUGUCCCAGGCUAAGAUAACUAAGGGUAAAUAUACACUCAUGUCCCAGGCUAAGAUAACUAAGGGUAAAUAUACACUCAUGUCCCAGGCUAAGAUAACUAAGGGUAAAUAUACACUCAUGUCCCAGGCUAAGAUAACUAAGGGUAAAUAUACACUCAUGUCCCAGGCUAAGAUAACUAAGGGUAAAUAUACACUCAUGUCCCAGGCUAAGAUAACUAAGGGUAAAUAUACACUCAUGUCCCAGGCUAAGAUAACUAAGGGUAAAUAUACACUCAUGUCCCAGGCUAAGAUAACUAAGGGUAAAUAUACACUCAUGACCCAGGCUAAGAUAACUAAGGGUGAAUUAUUGUCCAGAAAGACAACAGGCUCAUCCAUACCACAAUUACAGACAUCAUGUAAUCAGAGUCGGACAGGCCAUGACGUCCAAGGGGAGCAACUCCAGCUUCCCCAUCCCGUGGUGAGUGACGAAGAGGUGCAGGAACUACAGCACACUCUAUCUGACCUGCGGUCACUAGCUAUAUCUGUCCAGCAGGAGACAGAUACCCAAAACGAGAAACUGGAUACAUUAACAUGUUCUGUGGACAAAGCUAAUGUAAGGAUGUCUAAGGUGAACAGUCGUGUAGAAAAACUGACGAAAUGAGUAUCGUAUAUGUGGCCUACUUUCUUCAUAACAUCUAUAGAGGAUAUUUAAUGUUUUCAUAACCGUGUAUAAUAUGUUCCACAAGUAUAGUAGAAUAUCACUACUUAUACAAGCAAAAUAAAAACAAAAUAUAGACCUGUAUUUUCUACCAGGUCUAUAAUUUCUACAAGUGAAAUGUAUAUAUUAUGAUAUACAGCAGGGAAAACCAUCAAAUUUUCUAUUUAUUUCUUUUUUUUAAAGUUACACGGUGCAAAUAUUCCUGCAUCAGAAAAGUGUAGCAAUUAGUAGCGCAAUAUGAUCUACCAGGUUCUAAUGUCACACUUUACAACAAGGUGGAGCACCAUUUUGAAUCACAUAUAACUCAAUGCAAUUCUGCUGUCUGUUGCUUUUAACUGGUGAGAUUUGUGUAUUUAUGUAAAUACCAUACUAUAUGUUACAAAUAUAUACCAAAACAACCACUUACUCUACCAUUGCUUCAUCUGAACUUGAAAUUGAAAG